CUUCUCAGAAAUAUAAAAUGCCUACUACUGUGUCUUCUCUAAGAGAUAGGGAUCAGGUAUAUAAUAAAGGGAAAUACAGGAAUAUAAAAAGCCCCUAUUUUUCUGUAACCUCAAUUGUGUCAAAAAGUGGGAAGAAUAGCCAGUGUUCCAAUAGACUAACCAUCCAGACUGCUCUGAAGAAUAUUGAGUCUCACAGAAAGGUAUCUAAUUUAUUUUCAGGAAUGACCAUUUCCAGUAUCGGAAACUCGAAGAACAAAAACUUACAGACCUAUUUCAAGACUGAAAAAUAAUAACGAGAUCAAAGCUACUAAGUUUAACAGAGAUUUUGAACGAUGGACUCUUGACCAGCGGUUCCAAAAGAAAUCAUCCUCAGCAAUGUCGCUUACCAAGUACUUGAAAUAACUGCAGAGAAAAGCAGAUGCAGCUUCAAAGUAACAACAAAAAGGUUGUAUUUUAUCCUAAGGAGAAGCAGAAGAGUAGAAAUGCAAGCUCUAUGACUGAUUUACACUCAAUUUCCCUACCGAAUUAUGAUCAGCCUACCUUCUCAAAGAAAGAGAUGAGCAAUAUCUUUGGAUUUGCAGCAAACACAAAUCAAGGGAUCAGCAGGAAUUAUAAUGAGGACAGAGUCAGUAUUAUAAUCAACGCAACUUGUCCAAAGACGCAUAAUGUCCAGAAUUGGCCUACCACCCACUUCUUUGGGGUAUUUGAUGGGCAUGGAGGGCAGGGAUGCUCGGAGUUCCUCAGAGUUUCCCUUCAUAAGAUACUUUACACUGAUCCCUGCUUUCCAUCAAAUCCUAAACAAGCUUUGCUUAAUGCAUUCGAAAGAGCAGAAUUUUUAUUUUCUGAGAAAACUAGGAAGAAAAGUAAUUUUGAAUUCAACCAUAUUUCUGAUCCAUCAGGAUCCUGAGCCAAUGUUGCUUUGAUAGUUGAAGACAUGUGAUACAUUGCUAAUCUUGGAGAUAGCAGAGCUAUCCUUUCAAUGAACUGAGGCAAAUCUGUUAAAUCGAUGUCUACUGACCAUAAACCCAGUUGUAAAAGUGAAACUAAUAGGAUAGUUAAAAAUGGUGGAUCUGUGUACCAGACCCAAGUAAAAAAUAAUGGCUUAAAACUUGGUCCUGUAAGAGUUUUGCCUGGAAGACUUUCUGUCUCAAGAGCUUUCGGAAAUAUUGAAGCAAAAACUCCAGCUUUAGGUGGAAACCCCAACGUACUAAUUCCAGUCCCUGAAAUAAAAAUGUUCAAAAUGGAUAAAACUACUGAUUUCUUACUGAUUGGAAGUGACGGGAUUUUUGAGAAAUGCUCCAACUCCUAUCUCUCUAAAGUAGUUUGGAGCACAAUGAAAUCUCAAGAAAAUAUGAACAAAUUUAAUUUCCAUCAAUGUCUUGGAGAAUGUGUUGAUACAGUCCUUAAAUAAAAGUAUCAUCGCUGGAACGCUUGAUAACAUCAGUUGUGUAAUAAUAGCAAUGAAUAAUUUACUGGACAAUAUUAUUUGACCUCCUAGAAAGAUUUUAAAUCUUCCCAAAAAGAUACCAGGCUCAUUAAUGUUGGAAAGUAACUUUUCUAAGGGAAUUUGCAAAACAUAUUCUAUAAAAUAACAAAGAGAAUGCGAAGCUACCUCUCAACGUCAAGCCUCUGAACAACCGUAUCAUAAGUACAGUUGAUGUUGAGCAGUUUGAGAAGGCUAUGAGGAAGUCCCCUCAAUUCCAAAAGAGUAAAGUAUGCUCCUCAACAAACAUGAUCAAACAAAAAAAACAGAAAAGAGGUAGGCUCUCCAUUAUGGAUGGAUUCAAACGUAAAACUUUCGAUCUAAGAAAGAGCAAGGACAGGAAAGAGGUGCAGAGUCCUAAGCGUGGUAUCACCUCUGUAAAUAUGAACAGGAUAGUGAAGUCAUCUCACUCUUGCAAGCGAAUGGGUAAUAAUUAAUUUCCAAAAGCUAAUUUUCCAU